AUGCCGCUUCUCCGCUUCCUCCAGCAACUCUGGCACGGCAAGCUUGCUCGCGCGACACAGCCCGCGUUGUACAAGAGUCCGGCUACUCCGCCAAGUGCCGCUCGAGCGAGCGCAACCAGCCAGGCCGCAUCGAGCGCCGACAUCUUCCCCGACUCCGAGUUCCCUGUGCUGGACUCGCCCUUCCCGCCAUACGCUCCCGAUUCAGCUGAAUGGCUCCACAACUGGCACAUCGAACGAAUGGAGCGCUUCGUCGACGAGAUCUAUCGCCGUACGGUGAACCUCGACCCGCCGUUCCUCGUUCCACCGCCAGCCGGGGUGCAAGCUGGUCCAAAACCGCCUAUCAACCUCGCGCAUCUCCCUCCCGAAGCAGCCUCUUGGCAGCGUGUUCUGUACGAGCGUUGGACGACACAAGAAUUGGCGGCGAAGCGCAGGCGCGCGGAGGAGAUUGUUCGGCGGUAUUGCAAGCACGAGAACAAGGAGGCUAGACGGUGGUCGGCCAAGAUCAAGGCGACCGUGCGGCCAUGA